UUUGUGUACUGACAUCCAGCAUUAUUCGAGGAAUAUGAAUCUCAGUCACCUUCUCGGCAGCUUCCAAAACUGUGGUCCUUGAGAGAACAAUCAGAAUUUGAGUCCAGCGCACUCUGGAUGUUCCGGCAGCCUUCCAAGACGGAAGCACAAGGGAAGAAUUGAUACAUGGUCCACUGAUACGCUGUUUCGAUACAAGAAGUUGAGAAUUGUCAAUCACGUUUCCGUGAACAUUCACAAGAUCCAAAUACAGGCCAGUCAAGACUGUGAAAAUGAAAUCGGCAAGUUUCGCUUAGCGUACCUUUUGUGCCGACAACUACCAAAGAGGCGCUCCUGUCGUCAUUCAUACAAGUACUGUGCUCAGGUUACGCAUUCACACAUCGCGUACUAUGUCCACAGCACCCAAGUAUGCUUUAAUAACCGGAUGCAGCAAAGGUGGUAUUGGGCAUGCAUUAGCACGAGAAUUUAUGUCCAGAGGAUACACAGUGUUUGCGACAGCACGUCAAUUGGAGUCCAUUGAUGACCUCGGAGAGCUUGGAGCUAUCUCACGACCGUUGGAUGUGACAGAUCACCAGGCAAUUUGCAAGUUGAGGGACGAAAUCGCGAGCAUUACUGGCGGCAAGCUGGAUAUCUUGGUCAAUAACGCGGGGCAAGGCCCUCUUGUCCCUGCGAUUGACAUGCCGAUGGCAGAUGCCCGUGCACUUUUUGAAGUGAAUUUUUUCGCGCCGAUGUCCAUGGUGCAGGUGUUUGUCCAGAUGCUCAUUGGAUCAGGUGAUGGACGUAUCCUCACGAUCAGCAGCGUCGGGAGCGUGAUGCCUUUACCAUUUUGCUCCGUGUAUAACGCGAGCAAAGCUGCCUUGACCCAAUUCAGCAAUUCUUUACGUCUUGAACUGGCACCAUUCAAUGUCAAAGUCGUCACCGUAUUGACAGGAAGCGUGAAGACGAACAUUGUAAAGCCUCAUACACUUCCAGAGCAUUCUAUAUACCAACCUAUGGAAGACAUUUACCAGGAGAGACGCGUGAAGCCUAUCAUGGAGGGCGCCAUGCCUGCAGACCAGUAUGCGCGUACAGUGGUUUCCGAGACCCUCAAAUCAAGCCCUCCAGAGAUUGUGUGGGCAGGCACGCACACAUGGUUCUGUUGGGCUGUCGACAAAUUCCUGGGCCAACGAGGCUUCGAUUUCAUAUUCACGAGGAUGUUCGGGUUAGCCGAUUUUGCUGCGAUGGUCAAGGCUGGCCGUGAAAAGGCGCUCUAGACAGCGCUGAUCUGAAUUGCUUUCUUUACCACUGGCAUCGCGUGCGAUAUCUGUUCUCGAGACCAAGGAUCGUGGAUUACCCGAUGAGCGCAUUUACAUUAUCGUUGUCCUGAGAAGACUGAGACACGAUCACUCCAUCGAAUAUAUACAUACCGACUCUGAGUGAACCCUGAUAUACGUAGUGUCUCGGUUACGUAAUUCGCUCGACAGGACAAUUGGGCUUUUGAUAUGAGCGGAGCAAACCCUAUUGUCGAGGGAGAGGAGAUAAUGGGGUCAGUCAUAUCACCCGUACUGCACAUGGAUCGGGGACCUCCACAUCAGCACGACUCUAC